UUAGUUUUCCCGGAACAGAGUGGUGCUUAAUAUAAAAUCAGAAAUCCUCUCAUUUCCCAGCUGGUUUAACCAAAUCGCAACAGAAAUUCAGGCGAACUGACCGUGGAUCCGGCUGUGUGACCUUGGUUGGAGACGAGCUGGCCCAAGCUGCACAGCCCUUUUUUAGAAAGGUCUAGUUGGGAUCCCCAAAGCUAAACCAGAGUCUCUCUGUACACGAUGGAGGAGGAGUUGGGAACGUCCACCUUUUAUGCCUUCUUCUUCUUCUUCUUCUUAGCUAUUUGCAAAGUGAAACUGGUAGGCGGCUUGGGUAGAUCGGCCGGCUGCCAUCAUUCACACAGCUCGCUUUCUCCGUCAGCGCUUGUACCGGAGGUCUAGAGCGAUCACGAUAUGUAUCCGCAAGGCGGCAUGAAACAGGCAGCGGCGGCAGCAUCGUCUUCAUCCAAUCAAGAGUUUGGCUAUUAUACGGAGCCGGUGCUUGGCAUCCCUAGCACCCUGCAGGCAAGCGAAUAUGGUUACCGUUCUGACGGCGAUCUCCAAUCUCACAUAUUCCCCAGACGAUGGACGACAACCCUCUUCCAAUGCUGCACCGAUCCCUCUAACUGCGUAUUAACAUGCUUCUGCCCCUGUGUUACGUUCGGCCGGAUUGCGGAGAUAGUCGACAGGGGAAAAACUUCGUGCAUUGUGGGCGCUUGCCUGUAUGAAGCGAUGAAGUUGCUGACAUGUUGCGGCUGCCUCUACGCUGCCUUCUUCAGGGCGAAGCUGAGGGCCCAAUAUCGCCUGCCGGAGAAGCCCGCUGCUGAUUGGCUUGUCCACUGCAUCUGCGAGCCCUGCGCCCUCACCCAGGAGUACAGAGAGCUCCAGCGUCGGGGUUUCGACCCCUCCAUAGGUUGGCAGGCAAACUUGGAAAGAGAGAGGCUUCCGCCCACCAUGCCUCCUGUUGUGGUACCAGAGAUGAUGAGAUAGCAGCUUCAAAGUGGGCAAGCUACAUGUACGCAUGUGGAACCAAUAACAAUAUAGUUCUGGACUUCGACCCCUGAAGUUGUGGAAUGAGAAUCAAUACAAAGAAAUUGUGCUAUGGAGAAUGAAAGGGUUUAGCUUACUUGAUUGUAUUUCAGUUUCACUACUAUUUCCUGCUUGACCACUGUAUUAGUUCAAUCCUUAUACA